AAUUAAAAAUGGCGGCCAACAUGGCAUAUCCUUUGGGCCGUAAGCUUUUUGGAAGAUUUCUAAACGUGAAAAGGUGCCAUGCAUUUUUUUUUUUGUAAAUUUAAGAUAAAACACAUUUUCUGCAACUGUUUUUAUUUGUCUUUUUGUUAGGAAACAGCUGUUAACUUUUGGCACUCAAUAUUCAACUGGUAAGCACACGUGUUCAUCAAAAUUUCUGUCCUCUAUAAUUUUAUAUCCUAGUUGUUUUAUUGCCUACUUAUGUUAAAAUUAAUUAUUUUUUGACAUUUUUUUAAUUUAUCUUUCCUCAAAUGUCAGGUUUUUAUAAUAAAGUAGAGUUAUUUUAUUUAUUAUUUAUUAUUUUUAUCUUUACUUACUUAUUGUUUAAAGUAUUUCCAGUACCAGCCCCGUUCACGCCCCCAUAAGAAAAUUCCAGACAAGUAACGAUACACUCUUCUUUUGAAGGAACUAACAAUUCAUUAGCAAUUCAAAAGCUCAAAUGGAUAAGAGCCAGUCUGCUGAGUGGGAGGCCGCUUGUUCAAACCAUGGCUGGACCCACACUCGGGCUCUGUAAAUAACUGAGGAGAAAUUGCUCCCUUUGUAAAGACUUUGUAAAUGGUCCCCUGGGUUAGACUUUCUAAUCUUCUCGGAUAAGGAUGAAAGUCCAUAGGUUCUGUCUUACAACCCUUGCACCUAUAAAAUUCUGCGGCAUGUUAAAGAACCCACGCACUAUUCGGAAGGAGUACGCGAUGUAGUCCCUGGUGUGGUGGUCUAUCUCUCAAGGGGGAGGGACUGUUACAGGCCCGCAGUAAUUGGUGACAUGCAUUGUUGCGGUCACCCUGCCAAGAAUUGCCGAACCUAAGUAAAUAAAUAAUUUAUGUUUUGACCAGAAAAAAGUAAAUCCUCAGCUACUUCUUGAUAAGAAGCUAAGUAACAGGGUGUUCUUUUUUGUUAUUUUAACCUUCCUGAUUGACCUGAUUUUCUUUUAGGUCCAAGUCAAAUUAAGAAAGUUGUUGUGGCCAACAGAGGGGAGAUUGCUUGUCGAGUUAUGAAAACAGCAAAGAAAAUGGGAAUAAGGACAGUGGCCGUUUACAGUGAUGCUGAUGAAAAUGCAAUGCAUGUAAACAUGGUUAGUUAUUUACCCCAUAGUAUAUGGUUCAUAAGUAUUUUUGUUUGUUCUAGAUUUAGGUUAGCCUGUAUCGCAGAUGUUAUUUAACCUCGGUGAGUAACAUCUGGGAAGCAGCACCGAGAUCCUUUUCCUGUGCCUCCAGAUGAUUUAGCAAAUUACUGGAAGGACGUUUCAAAUUUCUUUUCAUACUGAUUGGCAAAUCGACAGUGUCUUUUUUAACAGACCAAUCAUGGUGUGUACUCAAAUCUUAGUACACAGGUGAUGGCCCAGAACAAGGAUUUCAGCACUGUUUCGCAGACGGACUUAACCAGAGUCUAGUUUGCCUGUAGCGAAGACUAGAUUUAGGUACGUUAUUACAAAAUAUAAAGUGUAUAUAUUUCAUCAAAUUGUUAAUAUUCUUUUUUUUCUACCUUUUGUGCUUUUUUAUUUACUGAAGGUUAGAAUCAGGAUUAUUCAGGGUGGAUAGUGACAUUCUUCUAUACAAGAAAACAUAGCCAGUGUAGUCCCAUACAACAAAAUCUUUCUUCAUUAUCCCAAAAAUGAAGGAAGCAAAGUUUAUUAUAUUUCAUAAAGUAUUGCUAGAGUGAGCUGAAAGAUACCUAAUUUAAAAGACCCCAGCCUGUACAUUUAUUUCCUGCACCUUAAACCCGGUAGACUAGCUGAUUUAUCAUUGCUGUACAACAUGUAUGCCAUGGCAGAACUUUAUAAGUACAGGUUGUGGUAAGUAAGUCUUUUAAAAAUAGUGCAUAACAUCUAGAAUUUUAUUGAUCUAGUAGAAAUUAUAGUUCAUGUAUCAAACAUAUUUUCUAGGCUGAUGAGGCUUUUCACAUUGGAGCAGCUGCCUCAAGGGAUAGUUACCUCAACAUGGAGAAAAUCAUUGAAGUCGCAAAAAAGAGUGGGGCACAGGUAUCAAAUUAACUCAACUAUUUCAUCUUCAAGAGUGCAAUACUCAAGAUCAAGAAAAACCGCUCAGGAGCAAGAUCAAGAGCAUGUUUUCCUGGAAUCAAAAGCCUGAAACUUGCCCAGUUUUCCUAACCUGUGGAUCUUACUAAGUUUAACAAACAAUGUUGUUGAAGUACUGUAGUAUUUUUAUUUUGAUAUUUUUACUUUUUUGUGAACAGGCUAUUCAUCCUGGUUAUGGCUUUUUAUCAGAGAAGCCUGAAUUUGCUGAGCUUUGUGAUAAAGAAGGUGUGAUAUUUAUUGGGCCCCCAGCCCCAGCAAUCAGAGAUAUGGGCAUCAAAAGGUACAGUAAGUACAGAUCAAUGAACAGGAUAUAAAAAGGGCUGAUCAUGUACAAUAGACUUGUUUCAUUUGUAAUUAUAUUUAAAAAAUUCACAUCAUAAGAUUCAAAGUUUCCUACAAGUAUGUUGAGGCCAGAGGUUAAACAACAGUACUCUGGUCUCUCAUGAUGCACACAUUUAAAAACAUCAUUUAAUUUUUUUCUCUGUUUUACUUGUUUUGCAGCACUAGUAAGGCAAUCAUGGGCAGUGCUGGAGUGCCAAUCAUUGAAGGUUACCAUGGUGAGGACCAAUCAGAUGACAGAUUCAGACUUGAGGCACAAAGAAUAGGGUUAGAAUUUCCUUAAUAUGUAUUAUGACUAAAAUUAGAAUAUAUCUUAGUAUACUUUUCUGGUUUCUUAUACAGUGAAAUUAUGUACAGCUGUAAAUAUGAAUUGUUAUUUUAAAAGCAAGAAGCAGUGGUAUGCCCUUUUCCACCCUUCAGUGUAGGCAAUGGCAAAUGCAAACUGAUAAAUUGCCAAAGGGUUAUGAUCCAUGAGUGACCCAUACCUACUGUUCCCAGAAGAGGUCUAGCAUACAUGUAUAGCACAAGAGAGAAAAAAAGUGGAGAAACCUUGUAGCCCAUGGCUACAAGCUUUUUGAUAAUGAUGAUGAUGAUGAUGAUGAUGAUGAUGAUGAUGGUGAUGAAUAUGAUGUUGAUAUUGAGCUAGUUGACCAAACACAAUCAUUUUAUCUUGUUUCUUGACAAGUCCUGACAUGCCCAACUUUCCUGGAGUUCCAAGACCUUUAACAUAUGACUCUAAUGCAGUUACUACACUGUACUUCAAAAAGAGAUUUGCCAUUACAAGUCUUACACUCGGCCAUCAUCAUCAUCAUCAUCAUCAUCAUCAUCAAUCCUUUUUAUGUGCAUGUAGGGCUUUUGACAGCGCAUUUCCUCUAUUCCUGUCAGUCCUUUGCAAGGUGCGAUGCUUGAUCCCAGUUAAGGGUUAGAGUGCUGAGUUCAGCCCAGCUAAACUAUCCUCCUAUCUGAGAGCAACUUUGUCAGUAGUUUCUCGUGAAAGCAUGUGACCAAUUUAGCUCUAUCUUCUUCUUGCAAGAACAAUUCCUUAACAAUAAACAUAAAUUGUAAAUUAUAGUAAUUAGCAGUUUUGUAAUAAAUUACAGUGGCGAUGAUUUUUUGACAGGUAUCCUGUUAUGCUUAAAGCCGUGAGAGGAGGCGGAGGCAAAGGAAUGAGAAUUGUUACAUCACCAGAGGAAUUUGAUGCUGCUCUUGAGUCAGCCAGGCGAGAGUCCCUCAAAUCUUUUAAUGAUGAUAACAUGCUGGUGGAGAAAUUUGUCGACACUCCAAGGUAUAUUAGAUCUUCUUGAGGUCUUCAGACUCCACAUCUACAUGUAGGUCUAACAGCUUUGAGUUCCUCAUCAAUGUUUUCAUAUCAAGCUGUUUUUCUUGUUGAGUUGUUAGCCUAAUAUCCUUCUUGUAGCCUCAAGGAGAAUUGGUCUAAAAUAUGAUAUAUGUGGCCUCUACCAUUUGGCCUUUGUAGCUUGGAAGACCAGGCGCUUACACUCCUACUGGUAUCGCUGUCUGCAUCAUUGACACACACCAGCCACCACACUGUGACAAAAGAUUGACCUAGAAGCUACAGGUGUAGCUUACAUCAGAAAAAUCUAUUUCCUGAGAAUAUUUAACUGUGGCUUGAUUUCUGUUUGGUUUGAAACCAAAGACAAAAAAAUAAACAUUUUAGCCAAACAAAUAAACCUAUGCAUGUAUCCUGUUCCCCAGAACAAGCUCAUGUGGACCAACUGUGUCUUCAGUUGAUCUACUUGUAACUUAAAAAUUUCAGACAUGUAGAGGUGCAAGUAUUUGCUGACACCCUGGGGAACACUGUUUAUCUGUUUGAGAGAGACUGCAGUGUUCAGCGGAGACAUCAAAAAAUUAUUGAAGAAGCCCCUGCUCCAGAUGUGUCAUCUGAUGUACGUCAGAGGAUUGGCGAGGCAGCUGUGAGAGCAGCUAAGGCUGUGGGAUAUGUCGGAGCAGGUGAGGUGCUUGCUAUUAAAUACUCUGAUUAAUAUUAUUUUUAUGUGUCAUUAUAGUGCACCAAACCUUAAACCUUAGGGAGCAAGGGUGGCGCAGUGGUGAGAGCACUCGCCUCCCACCAAUGUGGCCCGGGUUCGAAUCCUGGCGUCGACGCCAUAUGUGGGUUGAGUUUGUUGUUGGUUCUCUCCUUUGCUCCGAGAGGUUUUUCUCCGGGUACUCCGGUUUUCCCCUCUCCUUAAAAACCAACACUUCCAAAUUCCAAUUCGAUCUGGAACGCAUGGACACGUCUCAACGAGUUCUUAUGAACUCCUUAGUGAUCCGUGGGUAAACAAAUUACAAUUUACAAUUUUUUUUAAGACACAACUCACUCAUUUCAAGUCAGCAAAACUUAAGAGUAUCAGUGUAUUAUUAUUAUUAUCACCACUAUCAUCAUCAUCAUCAUCAUCAUCAUCAUCAUCAUCAUUAUCAGUGGCCUUGUUGUUGUCAUCAUCGUAGUCAUCAUCAUCAUUAUCAUCAUCAUCAAUGAUCAUCAUUAUAAUCACUGAUGUCAUCAGCACCAUAAUGUCACCAUUAUCCAUACCAUCAUGUUCUUCACUGUUAACAAAAUCACCAUGGUCAGAGCAUGUACAGUGUAUACCGUAUUUAUUCGAAUAAGCGCCCAACCUCGAAUUAGCGCCCACCUCGAAUAAGCUCCCAUCCUGAAGGCAAAAAAGUCAAUAAGCGCCCACCCCCACCCCACCCCCCUCCUACUCAAACUCAAACAGCAGUUCUAGAUCCCCUAAUGUCCAUCCAGUAAGCUGUAUCUGCUUCUCGUGCGAAAUGAAAUUUAGUAAUUACUCAUAAGAGACUUCCAAGAAGACAUAGUUUUCUUCUUGUGUUGUUACAUUUUCGCGUAUUUAUUCCCAUUUAUUGCGUUGUUGCAAAAUAAACAUACUACAUACACUUGGUCAAAAUGGUGAAAAUUUAAUAAGUGCCCAGCCUCGUAUAAGCGCCCAUCUCGAAUAAACGCCCACUCUCAAGGUCCAAAAAUCUAAUAAGCGCCCAAGGCGGUUAAUCAAAUAAAUACGUUAAGUUUUCUAAAUGAUGUAGUUCCUGUCUCUACUUCCAUGGAAACAGUUAUGGAUUUGUUGUCGUUGUUGUACUUUUUUCAAGGAACCGUGGAGUUCAUAAUGGAUAAAGAACAAAACUUCUACUUCAUGGAAAUGAACACUCGUUUACAAGUAAGCACCACUUACCAACUUUUCAGUUUAUGCCAGCUAACUAAUAGUGUUUUAGGAUUUUUCUAAAAUAACUUGAACAAGCUGAUGAAUGCAACCAAAAUUCCAUCAUGUCAUAAUGUUUUCCUGGUUGCAGUGAGUAGGCUUUGAAACAAAAGUUUUACACAAAUAUUUUUGGAGUAGUACAUGUAUUGAUAAGUUAACUGGUGCUGUUACAAAUCAUUUUAAGACUGUUCUUAAAAUCUGGCACCUUAAUGUGAAGUUGCACUGGAAAGUUGCCAUAAAUUUUACUAAUUUUCUGCUCUGAGAAUAUCCAUUAAGUCUGUAAAAAGAGGGCCAAAAUUUGACUACACGGUAGCACCUUCUUUUGUGACUAAUUGUCACUAAGCUCUGUCUCCACUCAGCCCUUCAAAUAGAAAUUAUGAUCAUUUCAGAUUCUUCCAGCAGCUCUUUCCUACGACCUUUCGCAAUUUGUUUUCUUCUAGGUUGAGCAUCCUGUUACAGAAAUGAUCACAGGUCAAGAUCUGGUUGAAUGGCAGCUCAGAGUAGCAGCAGGAGAAUCUCUUCCUCUCACACAAAAGGACAUCAAAUUAAUAGGACAUUCAUUUGAGGCAAGAAUCUAUGCAGAAGAUCCAGAAAGGUGUGUUUUGGGUAAACCUUUCACAUCCAAGGAAGCCCCAUAUCACCAAAACAUACAGUCCAGGAGUAUUUCCAUACAGUUGUUUUUGAGUCCAGGGAUUGUUAAACCAAAGGUUCUUACAACCAGGAGUCUUACAACCAGGGGUUCUUGCAACCAGGGGUCUUACAACCAGGGGUUCUUACAACCAGGGGUCUUACAACCAGUGGUUCUUACAACCAGGGGUCUUACAACCAGGGGUUCUUACAACAAAGGGUCUUACAACCAGGGGUUCUCACAACCAGGGGUCUUACAACCAGGGGUUCUUACAACCAGGGUUCUUACAACAAGGGAUUCUUACAACCAGGGGUCUUACAACCAGGGGUUCUUACAACCAGGGGUCUUACAACCAGGGCUCCUUACAGCCAGGGGUCUUACAACCAGAGCUUCUUACAACCAGGGGUCUAACAACCACGGGUUCUUACAACCAGGGGUUCUUACAACCAGGGCUCCUUACAACCAGGGGUCUUACAACCAGAGCUUCUUACAACCAGGGGUCUAACAACCAGGGGUUCUUACAACCAGGGGUCUUACAACCAGGGGUUCUUACAACCAGGGGUCUUACAACCAGGGGUUCUUACAACCAGGGGUCUUACAACCAGGGCUCCUUACAGCCAGGGGUCUUACAACCAGAGCUUCUUACAACCAGGGGUCUAACAACCACGGGUUCUUACAACCAGGGGUUCUUACAACCAGGGCUCCUUACAACCAGGGGUCUUACAACCAGAGCUUCUUACAACCAGGGGUCUAACAACCAGGGGUUCUUACAACCAGGGGUUCUUACAACCAGGGGUCUUACAACCAGGGGUCUUACAACCAGGGGUUCUUAGAACCAGGGGUCUUACAACCAGGGGUUCUUACAAUUAGGGGUCUUACAACCAGGGGUUCUUAGAACCAGAGGUUCUUACAACCAGGGGUCUCGCAACCAGGGGUUCUUACAACCAGGGGUCUCACAACCAGGGGUCUUACAACCAGGGGUUCUUACAACCAGAGGUUCUUACAACCAGGGGUCUUGCAACCAGGGGUUCUUACAACCAGGGGUCUUACAACCAGGGGUUCUUACAACCAGGGGUUCUUACAAUUAGGGGUGUUACAACCAGGGUGUAAGAUCCCUGGUUGUAGAGACCCCUGGGUCCAGCGGUUCUUACCUUUAGGGGUUGUAUACGUUCAGCUUUAUUUAUGUCUUGUUUUUCUUACGUCCAUGGGUUCUUACAUCCAAGAGUUUUUACGUGUUGUUUUUUUCACUUUCUUUUGAAGGAGUUUCUUUUUUUGAGAGACCCUUAAAGAGAGAGAGCUGAAUCUUUCCUUAUUUCGAGUUCAAAAAACUUACUAGCGAAAGUUUGCGGCAUAGAAACCUUAAGUCCUUCUGAAUGGUCACACCUAAGGAUUCUGUCUGCAGACUCAAAAGUUAGAAUCACCUUGUACAGCAUAAUAAACGGUACCACAGGAAAGUACUGCUCAGUAGCUUUCAUUUGAAUGGUCACACUUUAGGAUUUCAUCCACAGACUCAAAAGUUAGAACCCUCCUUGUACAGCAUAAUAAACAGUACCACAGGAAAGUACUGCUCAGUAGCUUUCAUUUGAAUGGUCACACUUUAGGAUUUCAUCCACAGACUCAAAAGUUAGAAACCUCCUUGUACAGCAUAAUAAACAGUACCACAGGAAAGUACUGCUCAGUAGCUUUCAUUUGAAUGGUCACACUUUAGGAUUUCAUCCACAGACGCAAAAGUUAGAACCACCUUGUACAGCAUAAUAAACAGUACCACAGGAAAGCACUGCUCAGUAGCUUUCAUUUGAAUGGUUACUCUUGAGGAUUUCAUCCACGGAUUUAAAAGUUAGAACAACCUUGUACAGCAUAAUAAACAGUACCACAGGAAAGUACUGCUCAGUAGCUUUCAUUUGAAUGGUUACUCUUGAGGAUUGCAUCCACGGACUUGAAAGUUAGAACAACCUUGUACAGCAUAAUAAACAGUACCACAGGAAAGUACUGCUCAGUAGCUUUCAUUUGAAUGGUUACUCUUGAGGAUUUCAUCCACGGAUUUAAAAGUUAGAACAACCUUGUACAGCAUAAUAAACAGUACCACAGGAAAGUACUGCUCAGUAGCUUUCAUUUUAAUGGUUACUCUUGAGGAUUUCAUCCACGGACUUAAAAGUUAGAACCACCUUGUACAGCAUAAUAAACAGUACCACAGGAAAACACUACACGAUAGCUUUUAUUGAAAUAGUCCUACUUUAGUAUUACAUCUACAGAAUCAAAAGUUAGCAAGCCUUUUUGACACGUGUUCUUUUACCUCUUUUUUCAAACCUCAAAGUCCCGCUUUAAAACCUUUGUUUCCUUUCAGCGAUUUUCUCCCAGGAGCCGGUCCUUUGUUGCAUUUAACAACUCCUCAGUCAUCUGACAGAAUCAGAGUAGAAACGGGUGUACGGCAAGGUUUGUAUACACGUUUUUAAAAUGUUUAGUAGAGCGAGAUUUAUUUUUUGAGGUGCCGUUCUUGUUACCAUCGCCGUAGAAAUAGCUACUACAGCACUGUGUCACAUAUCAGUAUUAGUAACAAAUAUUUUCAUUUGAAUUUUUUUGUAUGUUUUUGAAGGUGAUGAAGUGUCAGUGCAUUAUGACCCGAUGAUCGCCAAACUUGUGGUGUGGUCAGAAAAUAGAGAUAGCGCGUUGAGUUUGCUGAAAGAAUCUCUUCAACAAUAUCACGUAUGUACAGUCAUGUUAGUUUAAAGAUCUUAAAAUAUGGAGAGAGAAAUGGUCCAAGGAAGUCAAGAGUCUGGAUUGGACGACAAGCUCCAACACAGGCAGCCUUAGGGUGUAUUAAGAUACCGUUUCAGCCUUCGGGUAUGGUCGGCGAACAUGUUUACCUCGUACUUUUAUGAAAGGCAACCAUUAUUUCCCAGAUGUGAUAAUGGCGUAACCACUCUACCUACUCGGUAGCCUACUCGUUUCUCCCGGGUAAGAGGCAAUCUACUUGUAUUUAUGGAUACGUUUACGGCUAAUUUACCCGUACCCGUACACGGAAACGAUGUAUCUCAAGGUCUCUAUUAUAACUUUUUAAACUGGAUUUCGAAUGCUAUUUGAAGUCUUCUAAACGAGCUGUCCCUAACAUUCUUCCACAGAUUGUAGGACUAAACACAAACGUCGACUUCUUGACAAGUUUGUGUGAACACGGCCAUUUUAAGAAAGGAGAUGUACAUACUGACUUUAUAAAGGUUUGUGAAGUUAUAUUUAUUCUUUGUAGGUGUUUAUAAAUAUUUGAAAGUAAGUCCUAAGUUUUAUCCUCUCUCAGUUGCUGUGCGUUAUGUACCCUAUUGAUCAGCUGAAGCCAAGAGGUCAUUUGGCACUAGUACUAUCGAUGAUAUUAAUAGAGAACUUUAGAUUCUGAGACAAGGACGACUACGAGUGCGAGAUUUUCUCAAUGCUUAGUAGUGCACACGCGUGAGCUAGUGUCAUUUUGGCGGGAAAACGUGAUAGCCGUCGUCAUUCUACAACGGGUUUUAGCGAGAAUGUCGUAGUGGCAGAAAUAAGUUAUCAAAUAUAAGAAGUUUUAUCAUUUUGCUAUCGGGAGAGGGCUUAACCUCCUUCAGUAUAAUUAACCGUAUUAACUUUUAUGGUGAAAAAAAGUAAAUGAAGCUUUCCGGGGUGUUGUUUUUAGAACUCGCGCAAAAACUUUAAGUUAAAUCUCGCACUCGUCCUCAUUGUAAUCUAAAGCUCACUAUUCUCGAAACUUGAUUCUUUUAUUUUAGCAACACUAUCAGGACUUGUUCCCACCCAAAUCACCGCUGUCCCCGGAAACGCUGGCUCAAGCCUGCCUGGGUCUUCUACUGACUGAACGACAAGAGCAGGAAAAACGUUCUGCAGCGUCCAGUGGUAAAAAAGUAGUCACGAAUUAAUCAUAAUUGCUUUCACGUCAAAUACUGUACCAUGACGUCACAUACUUUACAACAUUGCCCUCUCUGAGACUGGCGGGAAACAGUGUCAUUAUGAGAAGUCAUAUGACCUUGAAGUAGCCAAUCAGAGUGAGCGCUGUCAGAGAAACAAUCCCAACAUUACAACAUCUAAUGGUUAUUAGUAAAAUCCAACUAGUGGUCUAUUAUCAAUGCUGCGUUCUGAUUGGUUGAGCUACUACUAGACUAUAUGUUAUAGCCCACUAGUAGCGAAAAGCGCCGGCUUUGAAAACCAAAACAAUAGCGACUGAACCGCGAGUUGCGAGCUUAAGUUGUUUUGUCUCGAUAUUUUUGACCAACUAGCUGGAUUUUACUAAAACAAUUAUUCCUCUCGCCCUCAUGGCCUCUGAGUCAUAGCCUAUUCAGUCUUCAGCCUCAUAGGCUAUUGACUCAGAGCCCAUUUGGGCUCGAGGAAUAACUGUUAAAUAUACUUAAUCGUUUUUUUAAAACACUAGGAUUGGCAGAAAAGCAAUCUGUUCAUUCGAAUGUAAAAAAAAUCGGUUUUUUUAAUUUUUGAUUUGUUGCAUUUUUAGCUUUUUUUAUAAAACCCAUUACUCUCACUGCCGUCGACAGUGCUGCAAGUAAAACGUCAUAAUCUUUAUUCCGGUUUUACCCUUUGCGUGUGCACAAAAAUCUUCGAACGUAUAUGUUGACGCGCAAUAAACAAGGUAAUUAAAUGCGGGUAGCUAAGUUUUAGUACGUUGAUAAGAUUUUGUAUCUUUUUUAGACCCUUUCUCAGUGUGGAAUUCUAACGUUAGCUUCAGACUGAACAAUGUUGCCAAGAGAAGAAUAAGACUUGAUGAUGGCGACAAAAGUAAGAAGAUUGUCGCUUGUAGUUUCCGGGGUGCAGGGAGGGAUUUGAUUUACUGAUUGUGUCGCAGACUGAGUUAGAAACAGACGCGCUGUAAGUGCUGCCUCGUGCCCAGGCGUCUCUCGAUGAAAAUUUGCGCGCGAAGGAAGGUGGGAAGGAGAAAAUGGGCGAGAUGUUGCUUCAGUUUUCUCCUUCCCAUGGUCCCUUGCGCUACGUCUUUUGUCACUCGCGUGUCACACGCGUUUCGCACUCACCUCUGUGCUAAAACUAGGUGCCUGAAGAGGAGACAGCUGUAAGUACAUGUCGCAAGAGACUAAAGCAUUCUUGGCGAUGGGUCCCUUCCACUGCCGAGUGGCUGGCUGGUUAUCUGACCAGCUUUUUGACGUCUUGAGUUCUGAUUGGCUGUCUGACUGACUGACUGAUUUACCGGUCGACUUGAAAACUGACGAACUUAUUGACUGACUGACUGACUGACCGAUUAACUCUCUGGGAGUGACUGUAGAACAGACUGACUGCUCGACCGCCUCAGACUGACGGACUGACGGACCGAUUGCCUAUUAACUUUCCUGUUCUACUUUCGCAGAGGUAUACAUCAUUGUAUCUUACAACAAGGAUGGAAGUUAUUCACUAGAGGUGAGUAAAGGUUGAUUUAUUUCCCCUGUCGCGUUAUUUUUACGUGCGUACGCACGUAACCUUUACGCGCUUAAAUAAAAUAGAGGCAAUGUAUGAAGUGCGCGUAAACGUAAAAUUUAAGCGAAGUUUUAAAUCUUUUAAGUUUGCGCUCGACUGUUUAUACAUUGCCUCUACUGCAUUUACUCGCGUAAAAUUUACGGACGGGCCACAGUUAACGCUCUGAUGUGUCUUUUAUUUCCAAACUGAAUUUUCUUGCGCAGAUUGAGGGUGAGCGCUUAGACGUGAAGGGAAAACUUGAAUCAGACGACUCCAGAACUUGCCUCACAGCGAACAUAAACGGGCAUGUCUUUAAAUCCUGGCUUGUUGAUCAAGAAGGAACCAUUCAUUUAUUCACCAAGGUACUCUUCGUUUAUAUGGAGUCCUUAUAGUUGUACCAUACGCUGAAAAUGGUCCCUUUACUUUGGUUAAGCACUGGCGUAAUAUUAAAAAACGCCAGAAUUUGUUAUAUUGCAGAGAGUGCCGUAUUUAGCCAGUCAAAAACAAAAGGUUGACAAACCCCGACCUUGGUUUUCCGCUUCCCUUUCGCUUGUCACAGGUUUCAAUUUCUGUCGUGCAACACAUUUGCUCGUGCUUGUGGAAGUUGUUUUUUAAACCAAACUUGCUGUUGCCACAAACUGUACUUCUAUGCAAGAGUAUUUUUACUUCAGCUCCCAGAAUACUAAAUUAGGACAUCCUCUUUGACAUCCAAGUGCCUGAAAAAUGCAACAGUUUCAUUGGUUAAACAUCCCAGUGGGAAUGUCCAGAAUCUCUUACGUUUACGGUUAGCGUGCAUCAUCGGUUUCCCGCCAUUUUUACCCUCGUUUGACCCAGUCUCCACGGGUCUGCUACGGGUCUUACGCGCAUGACAACUUACAGCUAAAACGCCCUUUAUUCGUACAUGAAACAGAAAUCAAGAUUAAGCUCCCUCCAUCUGGUUACCCAGUGCUCCUGCGCGGCUUGGCUCUAUCUAACCUCCGAUUAAAACCUGUGACAAACGUGAGGUUUAUAACACUGACAUUAUUAUUCUUCACACAGGAUGGUUGUCAUAAAGUACAUCGCCCGAUUCCCAAGUUCCUUCGGGGUGGCCCCUCAGCCGCUUCCCAAGGAUCAGCAGUGGCACCAAUGACGGGCACAAUCGUCAAGGUAGGGUUACUGUGGCUUGCAUUGGGUAAGUAGGCCUCUUGCACCAGUAAAAACAUCGGAACAUUUCCGAUUUUUAUUAUACAAUCAGUGGCCGAAGUUAGGGUUUAAGACGCCAGAGCUCUCCUGAACGCAGAUGGCUCGACUAUUAUUGCCAAAUGGUGCUGAAAAGUUGGAUUGAACGUGGGUAGCCUGCAUAACAGGCGUUAUUUUUUCGCGUUUUUCAGCCUGGCGAAAGCAAGCGCCAGACACGCGCCUGUUAUGCAGGCUAGACCAUGGGUGUAAUUUUUGCUUACACCAAGCUACCGUAAAGAAUUUGUCUCGUUGCUUAGUAACCUUAUCAACAAACUGCAGUCAAGUAUAUUUUUGUGUGGAAGUUCUUAAAAGUAGUCUGGUGAAAGAUUUUCUGACAACCUUUAUUUUUUUGCUCAGGUGCUUGUAGAGCCUGGACAGAAAGUUGAAGAAGGUGAAACGCUUAUUAUCAUGGAGGCAAUGAAAAUGGAGGUAGGUUGCUGAGGUUUAAAGUUGUGAUUUUUAUUCAGUGUUUGCUUUCACGUCAGUGAUAUUAGCCUGUUAGUCCACUUAUUUUUUAGACUUCACUGUUCACAGUAAUCCGUGGUUGUUACUUUUUUCUUAAAACACGUGUUAGAUAAACUCUCACUUGUAAAGCCAGGUCUAGUUUGGACAUACAAAACGUUACGACUUUUAAAUGGCUUACGGAAAAUCUUGAAUACCGAGGCGUUUCCCCAGGACUUCGCGGUCGUCCGUGUCGGUUAGAUAGUGCCGCACUAACGAUUCGUACUUAUCCAAACACACCUUAACUUCAGCCGUGUGUGUACUUACAAAAUUCGGUAAAGCGCACGGAUGGGUCUACGUCCCAUGGUUUACAAGCUUAAAUCCCAUCAAAUACCGAGAGUUGAAAGUUUGCACCAGAAUUAUGAUCCAGAUCAUUACACGUUUCUGGAAAACUGCCCAACUACCCCUCCCCUAAGCCAACAUUAACACUUACUUCUCACUUAGGGCAAAAUGUUUGCUUAGAGGAGGGGUAGGUAGGCGGUUUCCCAGAAACGUAUAAUGGUCUCAAUUAUGUAAAACUUGUUUGGCUUAAGGGAGGGGUAGGGCGGCAGUUUCCCAGAUACCCAAACUGAUCCCAAGUUGUUACCUUUAGCAUGUUAUUCGAGCACCUAAGGACGGGGUGAUAGGACAAGUUCUGUAUUCCGAAGGACAGGCGGUAAACAGACAUGCGCAGCUCCUUCAGUUCCAGGAGGCAGGGCAAGAUCAGGGAUCUGGAGACGAGGACGAGCAGGAGCCUGAGGCGGAGUGAAUACAGUGACCGGGAGUAGAUUGGGAACAGGAAGGAUUUGCAAGACUGGCAUGAUGGCCAUAUUUAUCGUUAAUCACGUGACAGGAGGGAUUAUAUUCAGAAAAUCUAAACCAAAAAAGCCGACUACCCAUUGCGUACUUUAUCACUUCAACGUUCUUGCGUUUCUUUUUCCGUAAAGAAUUUGCUGUUCAAUUAUACAUGUGUUACAGUCGAGGACAGUUUAAAAAUUCAAUGUCAAAGCUCAAGUUAUGCUAAUAUAAUCGAAAUUAUUUGUUGGAGAUAUCAGCUCCCUGCUGGUUUGACCGCGGUAACCAAGAACCAAGAAACCAAGAACGAAUUCAAAUAACAGUCGUUUGAACCAAUCAACAUCGCUCAAACGAACGUGGUUGGAAUUCAUUGUUUGCUUCUUUUGAUCUGAUUGGCUACUGUUGUUGAAGUUGCCUUGGUUACCACACUGUAUAUAUUAUCUCUCAUUCAAUGUUAGUGUGUGCAGGUCUUCUUGCAAUUUGAGAGAAGUCGUU